AUGGUGCUGGGCUUUGCCGGGCCUUUUGCCCUGCGGAAUGUCGCGUCCGCUCUGUCUGGAAGGGGCUAUACCGGAACCUACGUCUGCGCCCGGCGCUCCCGUUCACUGUCGCCGCGAAUGAUGUCGGGACCACCACGCACGGAGGACAUGAAACAACCUACAAUGGUUCGCGCGCGUCACAUUCUCGUCGAAACAGAGGACAUGCUUGACGCCGUCAAGAAGCAAAUCGAUGACGGGAAAGGAAGCUUUGCAGAGCUCGCUGGACUUGUUAGUACAUGUACAUCGAAAGGUCGAGGUGGCGACCUCGGCUGGUUUCGGAGGAACACAAUGGUGAAAGAGUUUGAAACGGCCGCAUUUGAGAACCCACCGGGCUCAAUUCUCAAAGUCAAGAGUGAGUUUGGAUGGCAUCUAAUUCGAGUCGAAGAGCACGGCUUGGCAGAAAGGCCAAUCACCAUAGUAGAGUAUGAUGAAAGAUUUGGUGAGAAAGCCACUGGCAACACUGGCAGCACUGACGAUGUUCAGCGGAUCGAUUGUCGCGAGGCAAAUGAGCUGGAAAUUGCGAGUUUGAAGGGUUUCAUGCACCUUCCCAUGGGGGAAUAUGGGAAGUGGGCCGAUAAAUUUGAAAAGGGAGAACUGCACCUGGAUAAGAACAAAGAGACCAUUGUCAUGUGUCAUCAUGGAAUUCGUUCUGCCAACUUCUGUUUCUUCCUCUCACAGCAAGGUUUUACAAAGGUCCGAAAUCUCAUCGGAGGUAUUGACGCAUAUGCCAGGAAGAUUGAUCCAUCAGUUCCGACGUAUUAAUGAUGUAGAAAGGCCCGACUCCCAUCUUUCAAAGAGUUCGUUUUAUUCUAACAUUAGAGCAGUUGGCAGCUUUACGCUUCAAAUGCCCCUCGUCCCAGAGUGCCAACGGGAAUCUCUUUGUACCUCUACCGAGUUGCAGAGAAUUCUUACUCUGAGCCCAGUAUACAAACUCUCCAUGAAUGGAACACCUAUUGAGCUGCUUUACGGCAGAUACCACGCCCGUGCAGCAGCAUGGGAUAUAGCCGUGUUUCUUAAAUAUUCGAUUGCUGUUUUA